AUUCCGGAUUGUAUUUCGCGUAUUGGACUGCGUUUUAAAAUCAUGGAAAAAGGCGACAAUAUAAUUUCUAAUGAAAUUUUGAAAAAUCCUGGACUUUUAGCAAAUUUGCAGGACUCAAAAGAUUGGAAAUCUUCUGAUUUUAUUAAAAGUCUCCCAUUAGAUGUUAGAAGAAAAAUAAAAGCCUUGAAAAGAUUGCAUUUUAAAUAUAGUCAAGAAGAAGCAAAAUACCAUAAAGAAGCUCAUGAACUUGAAUGCAAUUAUUAUAAAAAAUAUCAAGUGUUUUUUGAUAAAAGAAAAAAUAUAGUAGAUGGCUCAUAUAAUCCUACUGAAGAAGAAUGCCAGUGGGCUUCUGAUGAUGAGGCAGGUGAAUUGACGGAAAAAAUGGAAAAUACAUCAAUUGAUACAAAUCAAAAACAACUCAUUGAUAUCAAUCAAAACCAGCUCAAUGAUGCUUCUAAAGAAAGUGUUAAAGGUAUUGCAGAUUUUUGGCUAAUAGCAAUGCAAAAUGCUGAUGUGCUUUCAGACUUAAUAGAAGAACAAGAUAUUCCAAUUUUGAAGCAUUUAAAAGAUAUUAAGAUCAUUAUGAACAAGGAUCCAAUUGGAUACACUUUAGAAUUUUAUUUUGAACUAAAUGAUUUUUUUACUAACUCAAUAUUGACCAAAAGUUAUGAAUUCUCAUGUAAUAUAAAUGAAAAUGAUACCAUCCUAUUUGAAGGACCAGAGGCAACUAAGUGUGUAGGAUGUGAGAUUAAUUGGAAACCUGGAAAAAAUGUUACCCUAAGAGUGGUUAAAAAAAGACAAAAACAUAAAACUACAGGCCAAACCAAAAUGGUAACUAAAAGUGUUAAGACUGAAUCCUUUUUUAACUUCUUUGAAAGCCAAGAAAUACCAGAAAAUAUAAAUGCUGAAGAAAUGGAUGAAGAAAUGGGAGAAUUAUUAGCAGAUGAUGUUGAAAUUGGCAAUUUUAUACGUGAAAGACUAGUACCAAGAGCCGUUUUUUAUUAUACUGGAUAUUAUACUCCUGAUGAUGAUGGGGAAGAGUUAUCUGAAGAAGAAGAUGAUGAUGAGGAAGGCUCAGGCGAUUUAGAAGAUGAUGAAUAAAAGCUUCCUCAAUAUUUCAACACAUCCAACUUAUUAAGUUUUAGCAAAAUACACUCCAGUAAAUUAUAAAAUCAACAAUUUUGUUAAGUGAAUGCCAAAAAUAAUGUACAGAGUUACAAUCUUAUUUCCUGUCCAAGAACAAAAUAAUAUCUUGUCAUGAAAUCUUAACCAUUAAUAUUCUUUGCAAAAAAAUAUAUUAUUUUUUAUUGACAUUAUAUAUAAUGCUAUUUUACAUAUAUGUAUACUCAUUGUUAAUUACAAUUUUGAUGAAUUAUUUUUCAUGAUUUUUUAUAACUAAUAAAUAUCAAAUUUUCCCAGGUUA